AUGACCUCUGCCUUGACUCUGGUCUUUGUCAAUCAACAUCUGGCUGGUACGCAGGAUUUCUAUACAUCAAUGGCUGUACAGAUCAGACUGAGCGGCAUCAGACAACGAAAACUGUUGUGGCAACAACGCUACAAUGAUCUCAACAUCACAUAUCGGCAACCUCCUUUUGCCUGGCGCAUCAGUACCGAUCAAUACGACAUACAACGCGACCAACGAUGCACCUUCCACAGCGAGUGGCUCAACAUCAAGCAACAGCACAUGCUUAUCAGCAUCCGAUACCAGUGCAAAUCCUCAAUGCGCUAA